UGAGUAAUGAAAGAUGUGAGUUGAUUUGGCGUUGGUGUUGCCAGCCAUGCAAGUUGAGGUGUAAAAUAAAAGUGCAAAAAGAAAGAGGAAGUGAGAGUGAUGAUGUUGUUGGCAUAAAUAAAUAAAUAAAAUGGUUGGAGUUGCCGUCAGAGAAAGAUGUGAAGGACACGACAGCAAUGCCAUAUUUUUCGCAAAUAAUAUAAUCCCAACGUUUUGCUUUGCUUCUCAGUUGUUGUUUGUUGAGCUGUUCGGUCUUACGUUCCCUUCGAUCCCUCCUCUGAGUUUGAGUCAUCAAACAUAACAUGAAUGGGAAAGCCUCCGUCUCUAAGGAGCUCAAUGCCAAGCACAUCAAGCAGAUCUUGGAGGGACUUCUAAAGCUGCCUGAAAACAGGGAAUGUGCAGAUUGCCGGAACAAGGCUCCACGAUGGGCAAGUGUGAACCUAGGGAUUUUCAUUUGCAUGCAAUGUUCAGGGAUUCACAGAAGCCUUGGAGUGCACAUAUCAAAGGUGCGGUCCACCACUUUGGAUACAUGGUUGCCAGAUCAAGUUUCUUUCAUGCAGUUUAUGGGUAACGAGAAGUCGAAUAAGCACUGGGAGGCAGAUAUGGCGCCCAAUUUUGACAGAAGUAGAUUGCUAAUUGAGAAGUUUAUCCUAGCAAAGUAUGUGGAGAAAAGGUGGGCUUCAAAAGAUAAACUACAAUCAACUUCGAAGUCAGUAUGCAACUUCAAUGAGUUGGCAGCAGAUGGUAUUCCGAAGAAUAGUAGGAGACUUUCUCUGGAAGAAACCAUUCUUGCAAACCACAUGGCACAAGUUCUGCCGCCUGUAACAAGAUCCCGCCAGGGCUCUUUGGACAUGCAAAAGAAGAGUUCACCUCCAUUAAAGAGACCGUUCUCAUCGGUUGAUUUUGACAAGUUCCCAGGAAAGAGCAUUAUUAGUGCUGAUUUUUUCAGUUUGCUUUGCAUCCAGGACAAUAAACAGAACUUCUCAACUGUACCUCCUUCAAGCUGGGCAACAUUUGAUUGUAAGACAGUAAUAUACUUUUUAUCUGUAAUCUUUCAUAUUAUUUAUUUAUUUCGAUGGUAAAAAGAGUCCUCAGAAUAAUAGAAUUGAAAGAUAUCGAUGUGGAUAAAAUUUGAAGAUUGUUUUAAGUUUGUUUUCACUUGAUUCACCUGGAAAGUCCUUUUUUUCUAUCCCUUACACGCUGGUUGCAUUUCUUAAUAACACAUGCUGGGGACUUUCUCAUGACAUACACAGUUACAAAUUUUAUUAAUCGAGUGCGUAUAUGUUUGCAGGAGGAGUUUCAAUGGUGCAAGAUUAUAUACAAAAAAUCGUUCUGCUAGCCCUUGGCACAGAUGUCACAAGAUUGCUUAUGAAAAAAUAUGUCACAAGAUUAGAGUUGUGUUGUGAUGUGGCACGUGCAUUGAGCUGCUUAAGUUUGGCGUAUGAUUUUCUUCUCGUGUAUCAGUUUUCAACGAUGUGAUUUGAUUUGUACUUUCAUAUAUUUUGACCAACCUCGCAAUUUUUUCUCAUUCCAGAGCUAAGUAAAAUCCAUUCUUAUUUAGUUGUUAAUACAAUAUGAGUAAAUACCCCUAUUACAUUGCAGUAGCAUUUUUUAGAUGUCACCAAAGAGAAGUGUAUUUUUAGUUGGUGGGUUACAUUAUUUUAUAAACACAUUGUAGCAAAGGUUUGAGGACAAAGUUGAGUGAACACAUUGCAGCAAGAUAUAAAUUAGGCUUAUAUCUACUAUACCACUUUGGCGAUGUGGUCGUCCAAAAAUUGGUACUUCGUAGUUCUUUUUUCUUACAGCACUCACACCCCUUUGAGAUGGAAAAGGGAUGGAGGAAAUAACAGUUAGAUUUUUUUCUUCUUCUUUCACCAUAAUUUUUUAUUCAAUAUGCAAGCAAUGUUUUACAUGUU